CUGCCUAGGAUUCCACAUGCUGCAGGUGAGGCUGCUAGGGGGUUGGUGCUAGGCUCCUUUGCCUCAUCUGAUUUCUGCAUUCUGAAUGCACAAAAGGUAAAUAGGGCUCUUUUUCUCAUCUUCAAGACCCGAAAAUCUGUGGUAUAUACUUUAAAGGAACCAGUUUAAGCGUUCAGUUAUAUGACAUUCUUAGCCAUCUUCCAGGGAAGUUGGUAAGUACCAGAUGCAAUGCAAGGAAUAUCAUUAUGGUCACAGAACCAUUGUUGACUCAACCCAUCUUUUGCUUAUUUUAAAAUAUGUCCUGAAUAGAAGUGAGGGACAUGGUCUUUGGCUUCAGGUAGCCGGAGUUUCAAAGCUGACUUUGGCACUUACUGGCAUUUGGAUUUUUAGGUUUAGUUAUCUCCCCCGAAAAAUGGGAAUAAUAUUACAGGCCAUAGAGUUAAGAGAAUUCAGUGAAACAACGAACAGCACUUGGCACAUGGAAAAACGCUCAGUAAACGGUGGUUGUUACUAGGCUUAAUAAUGUUUCUGUACCGCGGCAGUGGCCACAGUCACCAUAGGGAGAUUCUGAGGAGUAAACUUGGUCAAAGAGAUUUAUGGCCCAGGAGGGUGAUGGUGAUGGUUUGGGCUCCAUAACUGCCUGGGGUGCAUUCCUCUCUUCCCAGGACCCCCACCCUAUCCUGGGCUAUAGCCCCAUUUCCCUGUUCUGGGCCGCCCUGGAGGGUCUGAGGCCGCCAACGCGGCAGGGGGAACCUGGUGUGGGCGGAACUCGAGUGCAGCGGCGGGAGGCUUCCGGGGGAGCCGUAAGGGCAACGGGUCGGCGGAGGCAGAAAAGCGUCGGACGCCGGGCCGAUCAUGGACGCUUGACAACCUGCGGGCAGGCGCCGGGAGGCCACGCCAGCGACCGAGAGGACGGAGAGGCGGCGAGGACAGGUUUCAUGCAAAUUCUGAAGUUGGGUUGGUGAAAUGUCACACAUCACUAGGAGGCCAAAUAAAAGAUCUCAAGGCCAGAGAAUGGCUGGUGAACAGAAACCCUCAAGUAACCUCCUGGAACAGUUUAUUUUACUCGCCAAAGGUACCAGUGGCUCAGCCCUCACUGCUCUCAUAAGCCAAGUUUUAGAGGCUCCUGGAGUAUAUGUCUUUGGAGAACUGCUGGAGCUGGCCAAUGUUCAGGAGCUUGCAGAAGGAGCUAAUGCUGCUUAUUUGCAGUUGCUGAAUCUGUUUGCCUAUGGAACAUACCCAGAUUACAUAGCCAACAAGGAGAGCCUGCCAGAACUGAGCACAGCUCAGCAGAACAAGCUGAAACACCUUACCAUCGUGAGCUUGGCAUCGAGGAUGAAGUGUAUCCCCUACUCCGUGCUGCUGAAGGACCUGGAGAUGCGGAACCUCCGGGAACUGGAAGACCUCAUCAUCGAGGCUGUCUACACGGAUAUCAUCCAGGGCAAGCUGGACCAGCGAAACCAGCUGCUGGAAGUGGAUUUCUGCAUUGGCCGUGACAUCCGAAAGAAAGAUAUUAAUAAUAUUGUCAAGACCUUGCAUGAAUGGUGUGAUGGCUGUGAAGCGGUCCUGCUGGGCAUCGAGCAGCAAGUUCUGAGAGCCAACCAGUACAAGGAGAACCACAGCCGGACUCAGCAGCAGGUAGAGGCAGAGGUUACCAACAUCAAGAAGACACUCAAAGCCACGGCGUCCUCUUCCGCGCAGGAGAUGGAGCAGCAGCUGGCUGAACGAGAGUGUCCCCCGCACGCCGAGCAGAGGCAGCCCACUAAGAAGAUGUCCAAAGUGAAAGGUCUGGUCUCCAGCCGCCACUAGGGCCGGCGGGGGCAGCUGGCACUCACCAGGCCUGGGUCAGGUGGCAGGGGGACGCCGAGGGCCUGUUUCCUCCCCUCUCUACCUUCCGUGAGUUCCAGACCUGCCUGUCCCCUCACCAGCGCCUCCCCCACAUUGGUACUGUUCCAGAAGAACCGUUAACUCCCUCCCCUCACCCACUCCUCCUUCCCCAGUUGCUCCCUUCAGACUCAGGGGCUCCACGGAUGCCACCCCAACAGGGCCAGACACUGCCCAGCUCCCCUCCAGGAGGUUCUUGUCUGUCUAAGGGCUUGUCUCCCUCCCAGUUUUUCUUUGGCUUCAUGUCGUUUUGUCAGGCUGCUCAUAAGCCGGAAGCAGCUUUGCUGGCCCACGGGGAUGACCGCGAAGGAGGCCCCUCUGUGCGUGAGGGGCGUGCCUUCUCCAGCCCCGUGCCCCGCAGUUCCCACCCAGGCGCAGGUGCGCUCUAGCCGGGUAUCAGAAUGCUUUGUUUUCCCUCUCCUGCCUUAUCCUUUGCUGGCAGCUCCGAUCAGGCCAUGGAGGGAUGUGAUGCUGGGCUGUGUUUACUAAACCUGCGGGUUUUCAGCCUCUUAAGCCCAGCUCCAGUCUCUCACUAGUUGGGAGCCCCGGGCUGACUAACCUCUGGUAUCUGAGCACCGGUGGAGGGUGCUGUGGGUGUGCCGGGAGGCAGAAGCUUCUUCUGGCUCGGUGUUCUCUCCUGGCUGCUCCUCCUGCUGCCUCUGACUCCUCAGACGGGUCUUGGGGUCUUGGUGUGAAGGCCCCGGCUGCCCCCCGGACCUGUCUGCCAGCACUUGCUCUCCCGGGAUCGUCCAUCCCUCCCGGCUGCAUCUGCGGUGGGGAUGGCGGCGUCCAGGCCCCUCUCUGGUGAAGGAUCUGUUGCUGCUUCUGUUUCUUUCUUCCCUCCCUCCCCGGCUGGUGACCCAGAGCCCUCUGAUGAUGGCGAUCUCCUGGCAAGAGAAAAGGACUUGACUAGCCUUUCUGAACUUGAACGGUUUCAGGUUAUAUUUUAAUUUUUUUUUUUUUGUACAGGUUCUGAUUCUAAUACAUUUCAACUUGCUUUUUUC